CAGAAAUUUGAAAGAAGUGGAAAAUCAAGUAAGGUAAACCUUGAACUAAAAGAAAUUGUAUUUGUCAUCCAGAGUCAAAGUAAUUAUUUUCAUUCCAAGAGAGCAGAAGAUCUAAAGCAAAAUAUUUUAAAUCAGGCUGCAGAUCUUGGAAAGGAAUUACCUAGAGUUCUACUUAUUCAUCAGAUGGACAGGCAUGAAGGUGCAUGGACCAUACUCCCAUUAAUACCAGACUUCUCUGCUACCUAUGGUAGAAACUCCUCAUGGAUUUUCUUCUGUGAAGAAGACACAAGAAUACAAAUUUUAAAGCUACUGGAAACACUUGGAAGAUUUGACAAGUUGAAGGAAUGGUUUUUAGGAAAAGCAUUAUAUGAUGAAGAAUCUACAAUAAUUCACCAUUAUGCCUUUGCUGAAAAUCCUACAGUCUUUAAAUUUCCAGAUUUUGCUGCUGGCUGGGCCCUCAGCCUUCCACUUGUAAACAAGCUUGCAAAGAGGCUGAAAAGUGAACCACUCAAGUCAGACUUUACAAUAGAUUUAAAACAUGAGAUUGCACUAUAUAUUUGGCACAAAGGCAGUGGACCACAUCUUACUACAGUGCCUGAGUUUUGUACAGAUAACAUGGACUCAUUUAAGGCGGGUCAUUGUGCCACAAUGUUCAAUAUUUUCCUACCACUUUGUGGUGAUCCAGUGAAGGAGGAGGAUGUAUUUGUUGCCGUAAAAACUUGUCAGAAAUUUCAUGGAGACAGAAUACCUAUUGUAAAGCAGACCUGGGAAAAUGAGGCUACCCUUAUUGAAUACUAUAGUGAUUAUGCAGAAACCUCCAUUCCUACGGUAGAUUUAGGAGUACCAAAUACCGAUAGAGGUCAUUGUGGAAAAACCUUUGCCAUUUUGGAAAGAUUUUUGAAUCCUAGUUCUUCUAAAACACCAUGGUUAGUUAUAGUGGAUGAUGACACAUUAAUGAGCAUCUCUAGGCUUCGGAAACUGCUCAGCUGCUAUGACCCAAGUGAACCGGUUUUUCUUGGAGAACGUUAUGGCUAUGGAUUGGGAACAGGAGGGUAUAGUUAUAUCACUGGUGGAGGAGGAUUGUUAUGUAAGGGAUUAAGUGUUGGUCUGGAUGGAAGAUGGUUUCUUAUUCAGAUAGAUCACUGUAGGCAGAUUUUUCCAGUCAUUAUGUUUGAAACACAUGAAUUUUCAAUGGGGAUGGUUUUCAGCAGAACAGCAGUCCAGAAACUACUUGCUAGUAAAUGCCGAUGCUACAGCACUGAUGCUCCUGAUGAUAUGGUCCUUGGAAUGUGUUUCACUGGUUUAGGAAUCCCCAUAACACACAGUCCACUCUUUCAUCAGGUUUCUGCACAGUACACCAAGAGCAUUUGGCAGUUCUUUACUUCACUUUUCCAUAUUAUAGAUGAACUACAUUUAUUAAAUGCACGGCCAAUGGACUAUCCAAAGGACUAUCUUUCUCACCAAAUUCCAAUAUCAUUUCACAAACACUGGAACAUUGAUCCAGUGAAGGUGUAUUUUACAUGGCUUGCACCAAAUACAGAAGAUUCCCUUAAUGGAAAGAAACACAGACAUCCUAAGGAAGAUUUAUAAUCUGCAGAAGAAUUUAAAUAUUAGCAUACUGCAACUUUGGGAUGGGGAGUCACUACUGCAGUUUUGUUGUUGUGUUGUAUUUGUACUGUCUGUCUGUUCCUUGCCUAGAACAAAUCUAAUGUUUCAAUCCAGAUAGAGAUUGAUGUAUAUGUAGAUGCGUGUUGCACUUGUUAGAAAAAUAAAUAAUCAGCUUGAUUUUUUUUUUCCAUUUGUGGGAUUUGAGGGGUUCUUUUUGGAAAUCUCGUAUGGAUUUUGAGUUUUGUAACCAUUUUUAUUCCACUGAAUUUAACCUUUACUUAGAGGUCAAGUCCAGUAUUUUAUCUGUUUUGUUUUGCAUUUUUCAGACACCAGCAAUUCAUGUUUCUGUUUUUCUCACUGUUUAAUAGUAGCCUAAAUUCCACAAUUUGGGAUCUGAUCCUAAAAAGUACUGACACUUCUAGCUCCUGCUGGUUUCAAAAGAACUGAAGGAUUCCAGGAACCCCUUUGCAUGAGCUCCUCUUGAACAAGAACGAGGCUAGCAAAUGUGUUUGAAUGAUUAUGGGUGUGGAGCGAAGACACUAAAUACUGUACUUAGUGUCAGUAUUGUUGAUACUGUUUUUAAGUAAAGAUCUUGUACAUUCAUGGGCUAGAUGAGGAUCUUUUUCUGAGUUCUAACACCUGUUGUACCUUUUAAAAGUUUAGCAUUUAUAAAGAAAUACCAUAUAGGGAAUCCAAAGCAAAUGAAGAUUAGGGAUUCUUAAACUAGUCACAAGGUGUCACUGUUACACCUUUGAAAACCCUAGUGAUCAUAUAUGUAUUGGGCAGUUAUAAAUGUUUGACUUAAGGAAUUUUGAAAAACUAAUGUGUUAGAUAUUUCUAAUGUGUUCAUCACUGUGCUGUGUAGGUACCAAGAUAAAAAACUUUGCAAUAUCCCUAAUUUAUAUCACCAACAGUAUUAGUACAAAAUAAGUCUAAGCAAAUUUUAUGCAUAGUAACAUGUAAAGAAUGAUGCCUAUUUGAUUUUUUUUUUUAAUUUUCUAUAUGUAAUUCAGUUUUGUAUUUGUACAAAAUCUGGCUUUAGUAUGUUAAAACUAAUUUUUCUACAUUAACUCUCUUCCCUUUAAGACUACAGUAUAUAGUGCUUAUAUGCUGUUCUCUAACUCUGCUUGCUUAUAUUGUAACCAAAUACAGGGUCUUAAAGCCAUAUUGCUGAAGUUGUUUAUUUGUACAUGUUUAAAGUAUUUUUCUGUAGUUCAUCACUUGAUUGAGUUCCAAAGUCUUGCAAUACUUACUCCAAGUCUGAUGGGGAAGCAACUGGUUACUAUUUCAGUAAUUAUAAAAGAAGUAUGCACAUUUUUGUGAAUGUAGCUUGUGAAUUUUUAAGCAUAUACAUAGUGAGUAUUCAUAAUGGAUUAAAAUAAUGUUUAAACAGGAGUAAUCCACAGUAUGUAUUUCUUCUUCCUUCCCACUUUCAGUGCCUUAAACAGUAGACAUGUCUACUGAUACCGGAGCUACAUUUCUGGUACCAUGGAUGUUAUUGUUAAUUAUGUUUACUGUUUAGAACUGUGUGAACCUAAAUCUGAAUAAAAACAGACUUGUUUAAA